AUGACGGAGACGAUGGCACUGAGUGGGAACUGUAGGACUAACCCCAAAGAGCAGGCAUCAGUUCAGAACAGCUUCCCAGAUGUGGUUGAGCUCAACGUGGGGGGUCAGGUUUAUUACACCCGUCACUCAACUCUGGUGAACAGCCCGAGCUCUUUACUCGGGAAGUUGUUCUCCUCCAAGAAGGACGCCUCCAACGACCUGGCAAGGGACCCCAAAGGUCGGUACUUUAUCGACAGGGACGGGUUUCUAUUCCGGUAUGUGUUGGACUACCUCCGGGACAAGCAGGUCGUCCUCCCGGAUCACUUCCCUGAAAGAGGGAGGCUCAGGAAGGAGGCGGAGUACUUCCAGCUGCCUGACUUAGUCAAGCUCCUGACCCCGGAGGAGUUUAAAGCCAGUCCGGAUGAGUACUUCCACAGCGACUAUGAGGACGGCUCCCAGGGCAGCGACCACCGGCAGUGCCCCCCUUCCUCUCUGGUCCCUGCAGACAGGAAGAGUGGCUUCAUCACAGUGGGGUACAGGGGGUCGUGCACCAUGGCCCGGGAGAGUCAGAGCGAUGCCAAGUUCAGGAGGGUACCUCGGAUACUGAUAUGCGGGCGCGUGGCCCUCGCCAAAGAGGUUUUCGGGGAGACCCUGAAUGAGAGCCGGGACCCGGACAGGACCCCGGAUCGGUACACGUCCAGGUUUUACCUCAAGUUCAAGCACCUGGAGAGAGCUUUUGACAUGCUGUCGGAGUGUCGCUUCCAAAUGGUGGCCUGCAACUCAUCAGUCACAGCCUCAGUGGUGAACCAGCUCACAGAGGACAAAGUCUGGUCCAGCUACACAGAAUACGUCUUCUACCCUAACUCAGCUCCUCAUUUACCCCGGCCUGCCACUUCGUUCAUCUCCUUCAGUCUGGAGACGGCGUGA